AUGAAAUCUUCUCUCAUCGCCCGCGCUGCGGCAGCGCUCCUCGCCUCGAGCGGUUUCGCCAGCGCCGCUUACUCCAUCGCUUCCGACGAUGACAUCAAGACCACGACCCAGGGUCUCGCCUACGAUCUUAUGAGCUUUUACGAUGGCAACUUGACUGGCCACACGCCCGGUAUCCUGCCUGGUCCUCCACCAGCUGGUGAUUACUACUGGUGGGAAGCUGGUGCCUUGUGGGGAACCAUGAUCGACUACUGGCACUUGACUGGCGAUUCCACCUACAACGACGUUGUGAUGCAGGCCAUGCUACACCAGGUGGGACCGGACCGCGAUUACAUGCCUCCUAAUUACACUGCCUCACUGGGUAACGACGACCAAGGAUUCUGGGGCAUGUCUGCCAUGACUGCUGCCGAAGACGGCUUCCCUAACCCACCCGCGGAUCAGGCCCAGUGGUUGGCCCUCGCCCAAGCCGUCUUCAACACCAUGGCUAGUCCCGACAGACACGACAACACUUGCGGAGGCGGACUCCGUUGGCAGAUUCCUCUAUCUAACAACGGAUACAACUACAAGAAUAGUAUCGCGAACGGCUGCUUCUUCAACAUCGGUGCUAGACUGGCUCGUUACACAAAGAACCAAACUUACGCCGACUGGGCCGAGAAGACCUGGGACUGGAUGACUUCUGUCGGUUUCAUCGAUGCCGAAUACAACAUUUACGACGGUGGCCACGUUGAGCAGAACUGUACCGACAUCAACAAAGCUCAGUUCUCAUACAACAAUGGUGUUUUCAUUCUCGGUGCUGCCAUGAUGUACAAUUACACGGAUGGCUCCGCCGCGUGGAAGACGCGCCUGGACGGUCUUAUUGAAGGCACACUGAAAAUUUUCUUCCCCAACAACAUUGCAUUCGAGAUUGCUUGCGAGGAGCACAACACCUGCACAACCGACAUGUUAAGUUUCAAGGGCUACGUCGCUCGAUGGAUGUCGGUCGCGACGCAGAUUGCACCCUAUACUGCCGAGAAAAUUCUCCCGAUUCUCAAGACGUCAGCGGAAGCGGCUAUCAAGCAGUGCACAGGGCAGGCUAAUCAGCGGACCUGUGGCUUCAAAUGGAGCACAGGCGUAUACGACGGCACCAAGGGAGCCGGUCAGCAGAUGAACGUGCUCGGCGCCGUGUCGUCUCUACUCAUCGGCUCUGUCAAGGGACCAGUAACAAAUACCACUGGUGGUAUCUCCAAGGGAGAUCCCAACGCCGGUAGUCACUCGGACAACCUCCUCGGCACGGAAUCGCCAGUCACAACAGCAGAUAAGGCCGGCGCCGGCAUCCUCACCUUCCUGGUGCUAGGAUGUGCGGCUGGCACUUUUGGCUGGAUGAGUUUCGGAGCGUAA